CUUAGUGCAAUACUCGUUCGUCUGAACUCGGAAGAACACAGUAUGCCUGAUCCAGCAAAGACCGCGCCCAAGAAGGGCUCCAAGAAAGCCGUUACUAAGACCGCAGGCAAAGGCGGCAAGAAGAAGAGAAAGACCAGGAGGGAGAGCUACGCCAUCUACGUGUACAAGGUGCUGAAGCAGGUUCACCCGGACACCGGCAUUUCUUCCAAGGCCAUGAGCAUUAUGAACUCCUUCGUCAACGACAUCUUCGAGAGGAUCGGCAGUGAGGCCUCCCGCCUGGCGCACUACAACAAGCGCUCCACCAUCACUUCCAGGGAGAUCCAGACCGCCGUGCGCCUCCUGCUGCCUGGAGAGCUGGCCAAGCACGCCGUGUCCGAGGGCACCAAGGCCGUCACCAAGUACACCAGCUCCAAGUAAACUGUCCCCUUGCGCUAAAAACCCAAACAACGGCCCUUCUCAGGGCCACCCACAACUAAAAAGGGCACUUUCUGUUCUACUUGUACGGUUAAAUCUGACUGAAACUGGUUUGGCAGCUUGGGUUUUGUUUUUUUCAGGUUUGCGUGCUGUGUAUUAACGAUAGUUCUGUCCCCCUUGUGCGAUAAUUUGCAUUUCAGUCUUGCUAUGCAGUUACGAACAUAUAUUCAGACUUAAUACAUCAACUAUGACUGUGUUUGUAUAUAUUUAAUAAAGAAAAUUGGGUCAAAAGGAAAAA